AUGUGGAAGCUAAAAAACACUGAUAAAUGUAUUAAGGGCGUUGUCUUCGAUAUGGAUGGGACCCUGUGUUUGCCACAAACGUGGAUGUUCAAGGAUAUGCGGGAUGCAAUUGGGUGUCAGGAUCCAAAAAUAGAUAUCUUAACGUUUAUUGAAGAACUACCGACAGCGGAGGAGCAGGCUGAAGCAGAAAGGAAAAUAACAGUAGUUGAGAAAAAGGCAAUGGAGGAGAUGGAACCUCAGCCUGGUAUGAUCGAGCUCUUCCGAUUUUUGAAGGAAAACGGGAUCAGCAAAAGCAUAUGCACAAGAAACUUAAUCGGAGCAGUGACUUAUUUAGUUGAGUCAUUCGUGCCAACCGAUUUGAACGAUUUCGAAUGUAUAGUUACCAGAGAAUUCUAUCCACCCAAACCCAAGCCUGACCCUUUACUACACAUAUCUAAGCAGCUGAAACUAAAGCCCGAGGAGAUGAUUAUGGUCGGUGAUUCCGCCGACGACAUGAAAUCCGGAGCUGCAGCUGGAUUCACUACGAUUUUACUAAAUAAUGACGUUAAUAAGCUUCUACGGGACGACAAAAAACUGGUCACGUACUCUGUAGACAAGCUCUUCGAUAUAAUUGACCUGCUCGAACCAUUAUGA